CAGUAGAUCAAAAAAAAAAUGUUAGUCAUAAAAUAAACGUCACAAAUGAACGUCUGUGUUAUGAUUUUCAUAAAUGUAUUAAUAAGUUGUGCAAUAACUAAAUAAAUCGGGAUAGGGUAUCUAAGUAUUUUCUUAUAUAAUAGAUAUAAUUCCAUAUAUCUAUUAUUUUGCUGUCAUUUGCGAAAUUACAAAUUUUGAUAAGAAAAACACAUUUUUAAUCAAGGUGAGCUUGUUGUACUUGUUAUCAGUUUGUUUAGCAAAAAACAGCAAGUCAGAAUGACGGAAUGAUUUUGCAUUUUUUUUUUAAUAUAAUGUUGAGUUUUCUUAGCAAUUACUUGCCUAAUACAGUCUUUCAAGGUCUAACGGCAGCUUAUUUUAGAGUUUCAGCGUUGAGACACAACGGACUAAGAGGAACUCACAGCGCUCAGGAAAUUAUACAGUUAAACAAAAUGAAAGUAACAAUUUUGCCCGCGUUAUCGGACAAUUAUAUGUAUCUCAUAAGCGAUGAAAAUACAAAACAAGCAGCUAUCGUCGACCCAGUGGAACCUGAUACGGUGCUACAAGCUGUGAAAUCUGAAGGGGUUAAUUUAACGAAAGUCUUGACAACGCAUCAUCACUGGGACCAUGCUGGAGGUAAUGAGGAACUAGUCAAGAAAUCUCCCAACGCUCUUCAAGUAUUCGGAGGUGACAAAAGAAUUGGUGCUCUAACGAAUGAAGUGAAGAAUGGUGAUAAAUUCUCUAUUGGUGAUAUCAAUGUGGAAUGUUUGUACACUCCCUGCCACACAACGGGCCAUAUUUGUUAUUACCUAACUGCUCCCGGGCAACCACCAGCGGUGUUUACAGGUGAUACUUUAUUUAUUGGUGGAUGUGGGAGGUUUUUCGAAGGUACAGCAGAACAAAUGUACUCUGCUUUGGUAGAAAAACUGGGGAAUCUUCCAGAUAAUACACGGGUGUUUUGCGGACACGAAUAUACCUUGCAAAAUUUGAAAUUUGCCAGAUAUGUAGAAAAAGAAAACCAAGAGAUACUCAAGAAGAUAACGUGGGCAGAUGAGAGAAGAAAACAGGGGUUACCAACUGUACCUUCAACUAUUGGUGAAGAAAAGAAAUUUAACCCGUUCAUGAGGGUGAUGAUGGGUGCAGUACAAAGCCAUGCCAGUUGUAGUGACCCAAUUUCCACCAUGCAGUCCAUAAGACGAGAGAAAGAUAAUUUUAGAGCAUAAUGUAUACAAAAAAGAUAUUUAUAUUAAAUUCAGAGUUUAUUAAAAAUUUUGUGUUUA